AACCUGCCAAUAUGGUAUUUGUGAAGAUAAAUGAUGAGAUAAAGCAGUUGAUCAAGACCGCUGCAUUAAAGCAGCUGCUUGGCUGUGAGAUCCAUUGAGACAAGCAGAUGAUCUCAUACAAUGACCUGGAGCUGCUGAUCACGGUAUUAAAUAAGAGAAUAAAGGAUGGAAAGCUCAAAGAGCUUUCCACUCUUACUCUUAGAGAAAUAGUUGAGCGAAGCCAAGUAUUGUUCAUUGAUACUCAUUUCUGCAACCAAAAUCUCAAAUUUGAGGAUGAAGUCAAGGAACCAGAGAAAAUUACUAAGAAGCAAGAGGAAAAUACAGAUAAUUUUAAAGAACUUAAGGAGAAAUUUGAGAAAAAGUAUCCUCUGACUGAAGAUGAAAUUAAGAAGCAUGAAAAGUUGAUGUUUAAUGUCCGGAACAGAGUCGAGAGGAGGAAGUAUAACAAGAUGGUUGGAGAUAAUGAAUAUGGAGAGGGUCAUGUGCGAGGAGAAAUGCAAAAUUAUCAUCAAUCUCUUGCCUUCGGAUCUAGUUUUAUCACACUCAUGUUCCUUGGGUUUGCAAUGGGAUAUUAUGUUGGGAAAUACUUCUUCCAGCUCCCAGAUAUCCAAUGCUACAUCCUCAGUAUGGUAGUUGGUAUCGGAACACUGAUCCUUGAAACAAUCUUAUACAUUGUAAAGGUAGAGAAAAUUGAGGGCGAUCAGAGGAAGAAGGAGAACAAGGCAAAGCUGUAUAAGCUGGAUUAG